AUGGCUGCGGUAGAUACAGGAAGCAGUCUCCGUAGUUCAGCAGUAAGAAGCGUAUACUUAGUAACUUAUAGUCGAGCUGAUUUGAGCAAAUUUCCGAACCGAAGAGAUUUUGCUGAAGCACUCGUUACUUCGUUUGAGAAAGGUUCUGCUAAAGUGAAGCACUGGUGUUGUAGCAGAGAAAACCACGCGGAUGGCGCUAAACAUUAUCACAUGGUGUUGAAAUUGCAUAAGUCACAAAGAUGGCUGCAAUCCAAGAGGUUUCUCGAGGAAAAUUUUGCCAUAGAGGUAAAUUAUUCGAGUAAUCAUCAUAACUACUACAGUGCUUGGCGAUACGUCACAAAGGAGGACAGUAGCUAUGAAGAAAGUGAAUCACACCCAGAUCUUAAUAGCUAUAAAGAACCGAAGACCACCAACGCGAGCAUGGCCAAAAUACAAACUGGUCAAAAACGCAGUGCCGCAGUGCAGGGGAGAGGAAAUGUAUGUAGAGGAAAGAAGCGAUCUAAAAAAGAAAAGCAAAAGCGUUUGACCGCAUUUGACGUCUCUGAAGUCAUUCUUAAAAGAAAUAUUAAAACAAUGACAGAGCUACACGCAUAUGCUCACGAACAAAGAGAGGAGGGAAAGACAGACUUAGUUCAGUUCAUCUUGUGCAAACCACCCAAAGCAAUUCAGGACUUGCUAGACACUACUUGGCGCAUGAAAACUGCCAAGGAAGUAUUAGAACGAUGUAAGAAAAGUCGAAUGGAAUUGUUUAACGAGGCGUCAAAGCAAGAUUGCCGAGCAGGAUGUAACGGUGUCUGGCUUCAGUGCGCAAAACAGAUUCUCGAGAACAAUGGAAUCGAUAAGAGGAAAUUUGGGCAAGCGGUUGUUGACCUAUUAAAAAAGGACGUGGGAAGCAUCGCAAUCUCAUGA